AAAUUGUCGUGAUAAGACAAGAUAACGUGCAGUUUGCACCACGGACCACAGCUCAAGAUAUCUGUGCCCAGUCGUAUCAAAAUUCACUAUCACAAAUUCGUGGGUUCUUUAAUGUGAAACGUCAAUGGUCAAUCGUUGUUGUCGUAUUCAAGUACGAAUCAUACCUAUAAUACACGUCUAGUAGACGAUAUUCUACAACUUGCUUAAGUCGAACUCUGUCCUGAAUUUUAGAUCAUUUAAAAGGCUACGUUCUAUAAGUGUUAUAAUUACAAAUGUUUAUAAUAUCGAAUAUCAUAUCGUUCGAUACUAUGUAGCCCCAACACCGAUGCACAAUUAAGCGGCGCUCAUCAAUUUAUUAAAACACAGUCUCUUGUCCGCUACUCAAAUAAAUGGACCCACUCAGCGACGAUACUAUCCCUUUCGGAGAGGAGAACACAGCAAAUUCUACAAAAUUACCGCAUCCAUGUGUAACUUUUUUUCACUUAUUCUUCAGAGUGUCUGCUGUUCUCAUCUAUUUUUUUGGAAGAAUAUUUACCGAUAGCUUUAUCACAUUAUUUGUUCUUAUAAUUUUAUUAUUAUCCAUGGACUUCUGGAUUGUAAAAAACAUAACAGGUCGUAUUAUGGUUGGCCUGAGAUGGUGGAAUUAUGUAGACGAUGAUGGGGUUUCACAUUGGGUGUAUGAAUCACGAAAGGGAUCUGUGCAGCAUCGAGUUAACUCCAGUGAAUAUAGAAUAUUUUGGGCUGGAUUAUGGUCCGUCACUGGAAUGUGGAUUCUAUUCUUUAUCACAUCAUUAUUUAGCAUAAAUUUUAAAUGGAUGUUAUUGGUCAGUAUAGCGUUGACUUUGAACAUUGCAAAUUUGCAUGGUUAUAUUAAAUGCAAAGGAGGAAAUCAAGAAAACAUGGGCAUUUCGUCAAUGGCCAGUAGUUUUAUUUUUCAAAAUAUCGGAAAAGUAAGAGAGACAAUGUCAAGUUUAAAUAAUACUCCAAGCAGUCCGCCAAAUAUAAAACCAACUGGUAUUGUCUAACAUUAACGAAAAAAUGAAUUGUUACUUUAACUAUAUGGCUAAAUGUAAAUUAUAAUUAUGUGUAUCUAUGA